AAUAAGGUGGUGCUUCAGAGGAGUGGCAGAGACAAACAGAAGGAGGCUCAUAUAAAGCAGCUCUGUGCUCUUGAUUGUGUGAUUGUGGAGGACUUACUUUAACAACACCAGAAUUACAGCUUAUUAAAAAAGGAGCAUUGCAUUUAUUUACCACCUAGGUUUUGAGGGGUUUUGUGAUGAAUUUUUUACCUGGGCAUUUAAUGCUGGCUCCAUGAGGAAUCCACAAACUUCUGAAGAGGUCUGACACCGAGUGUGUUGAAGACGUCAGGAAUCCUUGUUUUUAAUUUUAUUCUUCUUCCUUAACCCUGAGACAUGGUGCUCUGGAUCAUCCUUCCCAUCUCCCUAACACUGGUGUCCUUCAUUGGAACAUGGAGCAUAUAUGGCAUGGCCUACUCCAACAAUCAUGUGUGUUCGCUCAAUGAUUGGAGUGGUAAAAAUGUCUGUCGAGGGAACAUGACCAUAGGAUGCUGCUUUGUUCCUACAAUAAGUGGAAGUGGCACCUUUGCUCCAGAAAGCUCGCUGUUUUCAGCAACAAUGAACGCGGGAACCUUUCUAUUUGUGCUGUUCACCGUAUUCCAUCAUGCCCACAUAAUGGAGAAACACGUGUGCCAUUCCAUGCUGAGCAAAAUAGCGUUAGCCUUUGGGCUUGUGGCAGGCGCCGGGGCCUUUGCUGCUGGAAACUGCAAUCCAGGUGAUGUAACUCUCCUGCACUACCUCGGAGCCGCUGUCAGCUUCACGUGUGCCUGCUUCUACACCAUCCUGCUCUGCGCCCUGACGGGGAAGUGUGUUCUGACCGGGUUCGAAAGGUUCCUCUUCCCUCUGCGCGUCUUCUUCGCAGUGGUUCAGUUCACUGUGACUGUCUGCUAUACCAUUUUUUUCGUCCAGGAAGAGUACAUUUACAACCUCCUGUCUGCAGUUUUCGAGUGGACCCUCAGUGUCAACCUGCAGAUGUUUGAGCUCACCUACACAGUGGAGUUUUUCUUCUUCUCAUCCUUCAUGGUUUCAAAUCUGCUGACCAAACGCGAGGAGGAAAAGCCCUUGAUAUUGUCCAUGUCCUGAUAUAAGGCGGCCAGGUUCCAGCAGGAAAGCACAAACAGCAGUGAAAGACUUCGUAGGACAUCAGUAACCACACUGGCUGGACCCUGGCUGAAGGUUCAAUAGUGUUUUAUAUUAUUUUAUCGUUUUAGUCUUUGAUGGCUUGGAUUGCGUUUACUUUUGUUUCAUCAGCUCAACUGUUACUUGAAAAAAGUUUCCUUAAAUUGGGCAUUUCUGUAUCUUAGGUAAUGUAUUUAUUAAAACUCUCCCACUUUAACAGCAACAGAACAAAUCACAUACUUGGAUGGUAUAAUGCCUGUCAAAAUCAUUCCCUCUCUGGAACUUUUUCUCAUUUUUUGUCACAUUAACCAUAAACUUCUUUUUUUUUGUGGGAUUUUAUAUGAUACCCCAAUCUGAAACAUGCAGUGUGCAAAGGUAUUGAGAAGCACUGAGCCAGCACUUUGUAGAACAAUCUUUCACUGCAUUUACAGCCACAACACUUUUGGUGGUACGGCUCUACGAGGUUUCCACGUCUACAAAUAAAAAUUUCUACCCAUUCUUCUGUGCGAUAUUACUCGAGCUCAGUCAGAUUGAAUUGAUAAGAAAUUUAAAAUCUUGCCACAGAUUGUUCUUUGAAUGAAAGUCUUGAUUUGGACUGGACCGUUCUAACCUUUAACUGUGCGUUGAUCAAACCAUUCCACUGUAGCUGUGUGACUGAUUAAUGGUCUCCUUGCCGAACUCGCCAGUUUAGAUGGAUUGUCAUAUUUUUGUGAAUUUAAUGUUGUGCAAUAUCUGUUCCAUUUUCAAGCAUGAGAUUCAUCACUUUUCUCCCUGAUCUGUCUGCUGUGUUGCUUGGUCUUCACUAAUGUUCUCUAACAAACCUCAAAAGCUUUCAGAGCAGGUUUUAGUUAUUCUGAGAAUGACUUUCACACAGAUGGACUCCAUUUACUAAUUGGGAGACUUUCAGAGGUAAUUGCUUGCUCUGGAUUUUAUGUAGGGAAUAAAAGUGAGAAUGCCUGAACACAAAUGUCACACUUUGCCACAAAUUUGCAAACCUUGUCUCAGUUUCCUUCUACUUCUCAAUUAUGUAGUACUUUCUGUUGGUCUAUCACGUAAAACCCUAAUAAAACGCAUUAAAAUUUGUGGUUGUACCAUAGCAAAAUGUGAACAGGGUUGUGAAUAAUUUUUCACAGCUGUGUCAACUGUACCCACCAGAAAUAAUUUACCCAAGUCAUCUGGCUUUGAUGAAAUGGUUUAAGCCUGUGUGUUUUUUAGUGCAAUAACCUUUAGAAUGUGGACAGCGUGUACCAACAAACACAUUUUCUCUUGUAGCUCGGUACAGGCAUGACGUUUAGGCACUUUAAUAGAAUUAAGAAGUCAUUACAUGUGUUGUGCUGAUAGACAGGUUAGACUAUGAUGCUCUUGGAUCGAAGGGCGGAGUCCCUGUAACUACCAAAGAUCCUGUUUGACUGAGUGACGUUUUUGAAUAAAGACUUAUGCGGUUCAUUCUCACUGAAAACACACAGACGUCAUCACCUCCUUUACAGAAGGUGUUGUCUGUCCCUUCCAUGACAUUACCUGAUUAUAUCUGAUCAGGUGUUCCAAGACUGACUUUACUGAGUAGGGAAAAUACUGUGGUGAAGUCCUCCUUGCUUUUCUCACUAGUUUAAAGGGACGACCAUGCUGGAAAAACAUAAAACCAGGAGUCAUCUUGGAAAUGCUAAAUUAUCGUUCCCAUAUAGACUUUUAUUUUAUAAAUAAAAUUAGAUUAAGAUCUCUGAAGGUGUUUUAUUGUGUUUAAAUUCCUAAACACAUGGGUGACUUUGUCGUUUGCCCAAAACCAUGAACAAUUUAAAAUCUCCUCAUGUGGAGUUUACUUAUCUUUAACCCAUAAUAACCAGCUCCUCAGCUAUUCUUCAUUUGUUCUUUUUCAACAUAAGUGUCCUCAGUCUUGCUGAAAACGUCAGGUCAUUUAGUAACAUGAGAGCUUGUAGGAAGCGUCAAAAUUCUAUAAUAGUUGUCUUUAUACAGAGCUGUGAUGAUUAAAUAAAUAUUUUGCCCGACAAUCCUCUCAAGGCUGCAGUUAUUCCUGUUGCUGGUUCACCUUUUCAUACCACAUUUUUUUGUUCCAGGCAACUCUCUAUAAAUAUGCAAGGAUACAGCAUUCUGAACAACCAGCUCCUUUAGCAAGACCCUUUUGUUUAAUGUCCUUGUGGAGGGUGUCACCUGUCUUCCCCAUGACUGUGUAGGCCAUAAUGUGGACAUUACAUAGCAUACAUACAUUAAAAAUGUGCUUUUUUAAAGAUG